CGCGAGCCUUCUGUUUCCUCUUUCGAGUAGCUUUGAUUACCGCGGAGUCCCCGCGCGCCAUUUCUCUGCGCCUGCGUGCUGCGACCCUGCGCAGCCUGGGAGGCGGGUUUUAGCUCCAGGUUUGUACGGCCGCCGAGUGCACGCGAACUCGGUCUGCGAGGUCCAAGGAAAUGAGUCCCGUCCCGGUGGUGGAGAGAGCGAUGUGAAAGCCAGGAAGCAGGCGGCCCUUCCCUGUGCGUCUCCGAGCGUGGUUUCCGCGGGCCCCCGGGGACGGCAGGAUUCUGGAUCUGGAUCCGUGGGGUGGGGUCUGUCCUGGCCGGGAGCUGAGCGCCCCCUCCUGGGGACGGUGCUGUGGCCGCAGUCGGUGGUGGGCUGCCUGGAGAUUUCGUAGACCCCAGUGGCUCUCAGUCCUUUGGGGGGGAGGCACCCUGGGUCGGUGCUCCAGGCUCCUGUUGUGCUGGGCUUUCCUAGUACUCUAUGUCCUUGGGCCAUGGAACCACUGCAGGCAGCACAGCGGCGCCUCUGUCUGAAGAAGGGGAAGUGACUUCCGGCCUCCAGGCUCUGGCGGUGGAGGACACCGGGGGUCCCUCUGUCUCGGCUAGUAAGGCCGAGGAAGAGGGGCAAGGAGGUCAGGAGGAGGCCGGGCGUGAGGGAUCCAGGGCUGAGGAGGCGCUAGACGCUCCCAGCGCUGCGGGCGCCGAGCGCGCCGAGGGAGACUCGGAAGACUGGUGCGUGCCCUGCAGCGAUGAGGAGGUGGAGCUGCCGGCCAGUGGGCAGGCCUGGAUGCCCCCACCCGCCGAAAUCCAGCGGCUCUACGAACUGCUGGCUGCCCAAGGUACUCUGGAGCUUCAAGCGGAGAUCCUGCCCCGCCGGCCGCCCACUCCUGAAGCCCAGAGUGAAGAGGAGAGAUCAGAUGAGGAGCCAGAGGCCAAAGAGGAGGAGGAGGAAAAGCCGCACAUGCCUACAGAAUUUGACUUUGAUGAUGAGCCAAUGACACCGAAGGACUCACUGAUUGACAGAAGACGAACGCCAGGAAGCUCAGUCCGGAGCCAGAAACGUGAGGCCCGUCUGGAUAAGGUCCUCUCGGACAUGAAGCGACAUAAGAAACUAGAAGAACAGAUCCUUCGGACUGGGAGAGACCUCUUCAGCUUAGACUCGGAGGGCCCCAGCCCCGCCAGCCCUCCACUGCGAUCCUCGGGGAAUAGUCUCUUCCCCCGGCAGCGGAAGUACUGACUCUUGCUGCCAUGGCCUACAGGUGCAGACUGUUUCCCCCGGGCGUGGCCAGCCUUGCCCAGCCCAGGCUCUGGGGAACUUUGUCACAGAAAAAAGCCUCAAGCUCGCAGCUCAGUGCCUUGCGGGAGAGUGUGUGUUCUGUUGAGUGUCUGUUUGCAGUUCUGAGCUGGAUUUGCUGAGUCUAAUAAAAGAUGCAGACUGA